CGGCGCGUCCACCGUGUGGAAGAAAACGCUUCAGUUAGAGCCUUGACAUUGGCGACAUAUAUAUAUGAGUAUCUUUGUCCCGGUACGUUGGACUCCGGCUUGAGUGACAGUAGCUAGUGGGUUAAAGGAGAGAGAGAAGAAAAAAAAAAAGGAAGGUGGGUUUGUGGUGAUGCUGAAGUCGCGGAGACUGGUGCUGAUGUGUUGUCACGCCGGUUCAAGAACGAAGACUGAACAAGGGAAUGUCAGUGUCAAACGCACAGCUGGGCCAUGAAGUUUGGGAUCAACUUUGACCUGUGGGUCAGUGUUGUGUAGGGUUCAAACCCUGCGCGAGCUUCCGCCUGCCCCGGUGAUGAAUAAGGCUUCAUAACAGGGUUCGUCUCGACAACCGUAAUGAAUGAUUCUGUAGUCUAGCUGUCGUUGGCUCGAUUGUUGAAGGAGAAAAGAAGGAACAAGUGCGUACACACAGCUGUUGUGGUUUUGUCAGGCGUUGAAGUGUGGUGGUGGUGGUGGUGUCCACUUCAAUCAUUUCAGCCGGUGGUCAGCAUAGAUAACAUCACUACACCUGGACUUUGUCAGUGGUGCGCUCGCGCACACAUACACACACGGUGACACGGUAUACACAGUACACAGCCGUUAGAGCUGAGCGGUUGUCCGAGUGUGUACGCGAGCCAUGGAAGUGUGAGCGUAACGGAGACGGUGACCCAGAUGUGAACACACGGAACAGUACAGAUGAGUGGCAGUAAUAACACGGGGCGAGUUUAUCGCUCUGCCAUCCAAGUACAGCUUGGUGGCACCCGCGCUAAAAGAGACCACAGCGAUGGGGCAAACCUCGGCAUGAAGGAAGUUGAAUUCAAACUAGACAUUGGUAGGAGACGGUUGCCAUCACCUGAUGUAAAAAAGCCAGAACAAGAGAGAGCACCAGAGUUUGUCAUCAGGCCACGUAGACAGUUUGUUGAUGGAGGCCAGAGUGCGAAAUUCAAAGUGUCCUUUGAGGGUUCUCCCUCCACACAGCUAUCCUGGAGCAAAGACGGACAGUCUCUGUCUAGCAGUUCAAAAUACAAGAUGUACGAGCAAGAUGGCUAUCACUACCUUGAGAUUCAAAACGUACAUUCUGAUGACAGUGGCAUGUACGUCUGCACUAUUGAGAAUUCUGCUGGCACUGAUGCUGCUUCAGCUGAGCUUGAUGUCUUUGCCAAGCCAAAGUUACUGACUAGAAAUACACCUGCACCCCCAGUGCUAGUGAUCCCACUUAAAGAUGUGGAAGCCACAGUGGGUGAACAUAAUGUCCGACUGGAAUGCAAGGUGCAAGAUGCUGAUGAAAGUGAAGUAACAUGGUUCCACAAUGGCAAAGAAGUGCAGCCUAGCAGCCAUUAUCGAAUUCGCUUUACUGGUGCAAUAGCAUCCCUAGUCGUGCUUGAGGCAGAGGAGGAUGAUUCUGGACUCUAUGAGUGUGUGCUCUCUAGUGGUGGAGGUGAAAUCAGAACCAGCUGUUCACUUUUUGUUACAGCUGGUGAGAAUCCAGAACCUCCUGCCUUCACUCAAGAAUUGCAUGACACUGAAGUUGAAAAUGGAGACAAGGUGGAGCUGGUGGCAGAAGUCAAAGGCACACAGCCUAUCAAUGUGUUCUGGAGGCACAACAAUAUGGAGGUCACUGUUGAUACACCUGGAAUCACCCUCCAUUCUGCAGACGGCAUUCAUUCUCUCUUCAUAUCCAGUGCUUACACUAUUAAUGCUGGAGAAUACAUGUGUGAGGCUUUUAAUGAUUAUGGAAACACAAACACAGUCUGCAGACUCACUGUUAAAGAAGUAGAAAAACCUCAACCCCCAGAAUUUCUAACCCGACCAAUACACUUGACAAUUGAGGAAGGUUCAAAUGCGACGUUUACUUGCUGUGUCAGUGGACACCCUUCACCUACCAUUUGGUGGGAGCACAAUGGAUACAAACUGUCCCAGAGCAAAAGACUUCAGAUUUCUGAUGAUGGACAGAUUCACACACUUGAGAUAGUGGGAACAAACAAAUCUGAUUCUGGACAGUAUAUGUGCCAUGCUGAGAACUCUGCUGGUUUGGUUAUUCACACCUGUUCCCUGGUCAUAUCACACUCAAAGUUUACGCAGCCUCAUGGCACAGAUUCCUUAAAAGCCAGGGAACCCUUAGACCAGAUGGGAGAACAAAACAGCCAGGAAUCUGGCCGAUCAUAUAAUGCUCAUGAUUUCCGCAAUGUCCUGAGAAAGAGUUGUGUGAUGAUACCCCAGCCUGGCACCAACAGUACUAACCCAAAACUAACCACCUCUGCAGGUCCUACACACAGUGCACUUACAGGCUGUUCCAUUUCCAUAGGAACUACAAAAAAAAAUCUGGACUUGUUUGAAAGUAUGUCUUCCACAGAGCAAAUUAAGCCAACAAGUCGACAACAGUUUCAAACCAAUCAGAGAAGAUUUCAAAGAGGACAGUUGAUGGUAGGUGACAAUUCUCUUGUUAGGUCUUCUGUGCUUCUGACCCAAGCACCAUACCCAGCAAGGAACUGGACAGACAAAAAUGCUCAUCAAACAAAGCUUUCAAGUAAUCAGCCAAUGAAUGACUUUAGAAGUGUUCUGAAGAGACAGAGAACUACACACAGGAACACUGGAAUGUUUACAAACAGUAAUGUGAGAUCUAGAGCAUCAUUCUCCAAAAGAAGUGAAAACCGGAAAAAUGGACUAGAAUCAAAUAGUAUUGGUGCUUUGAGGAAAGAUUUUAGAAGUAUUUUGAAGGAACAUAAAGAUGGAAGGACAUCUUUGAGUACAGAAUUAAAAUCAACUCCACAGCAUAAAAACGCUACCUUAAAAACUGAAGUUCAAGAAGAUUUCAGAUCUGUUUUAGAGAAGAAAAGAAAUAGAGCAGAGGAGAGAAAACAUUUAAACCCUCCUUUAUCAGUAGUCAGUAAGGUGUCAACCGAAAAAAAUUCAAACAUAAAUAUAAGUACAGAUGUAAAUAGUCUAAAAUCAAAGUUUGAAUCGCAUCCUCAAGAUGUAAAAAAUUUUCAUCUGAAACCUACCAGAGACACACCUCCUGAACUAAUAAAUCACAGCAAGCUUGAAACUGAAAGUGUUAAAACAACAGCAGAGUGGAAAGUAAACAAUGCUGACCCAGCCAGAAUAGAACCUUCCACUUUCAAGCCGUUGUCAGAGGGGUUGUCCGCUUUGUCACGGGUCAAAAAAGAAACACCAAGGACUUCUGAUUAUUCAUCUGCCUCUGACAUAUCUCAGGACACAGACAUCUCUCAAACACCAGAUAUUUUGCAGUCUGUGGAUGCAACCUUGAAAAGACGCUGGCUAGAAGAAAGGGAGACUGAUAUUGGGAACAGCAGCAUCACUAGCUGCUUGGCACCAAGCAUUAUACAUCCGCUAGAGAACCAGAGGGCGCGAUAUGGUGGAAAAGCAGUCUUUAAGUGCAAGAUCUUGGGUGACCCAGAACCAGUCCUCAGGUGGAGUGUCAACCAUAAAGUCAUUAAGCCCUCCAAGUUUUUCCAGCUAAGCUAUGAGGAGAGCUUUGCUCAGCUAGUGAUAUCAGAGGCAUUCUCUGAGGAUGAAGGGGAAUACACCUGCACAGCCACAAAUCUAUCUGGCACAGUCUCCUCUUCCUGCUACCUCACUGUGGAAUCAUCGUCAAGUUCCAAAUCUGAGGGCCGUGCUUUUGAAGGCCCUGUGUCCAUGCCCCCUUACAUCACGUCACUUGUGCCUCAGAAUAUUGCUGUGCAGCGGGGUCAACCAGUGCGCUUGACCCUGACCUUUGCAAGCGAGCCAGCUCCAAGUAUUAGAUGGUUCCAAUCAAAAAAAGAGCUGAUUGCAGAUCACCAGGGAGCUAGCAUCUGCACUUUGAUGAUUGAUGCUGUCAGCAGAAGCGACACAGGCUGCUACACUGUCACUGUUACCAAUGAUUUAGGCACUGAUCAUGCUUCAGCUGAUAUCACUGUCCAAGAUGUGCCAGACCCACCUGUUGGGAAACCCCAUUUUUAUGACAUUAGCAGAGAGUCUGUCUCUCUGUCCUGGUGUGGCCCUGCAUAUGAUGGUGGUUCCCAAGUGACUCACUAUGCCAUUGAAGUGCAGGAAGUCAGUGAGGGGACAUGGUCUACACUAACCUCUGAUUGCCGAAGCACAUCAUACUACGCAUCCAAUUUGAAACCAGACUGCUUUUACCAGUUCCGAGUACGAGCAGGGAACAAGUUGGGGCUUAGUAGGCCAUCAGAAAUCUCGGAUAUAGUGCAGCCACUUGAUUUCUGGCUUAGCCCUUCGGAAUAUGAGUCAGAUGAUUCACUUCCAUUUGAACAUAAACAAGUCAAGAUUUGCCUGAGCAGAAAGUUUGAAGAUCACUAUGAAUUGCUGCAUGAAGUAGGAAAGGGUAAAUUUGGAAAUGUUUACAAGUGCCUGGAGAAAAGCACCAACUCAGUGUGGGCGGCCAAAGUGGUUAAAUGUCGCGAGAAGGAUAAAGAAAAUGUGCGACGAGAAGUGGACAUCAUGAACCGGCUAGCCCAUCCCAAGCUUCUAAUGCUGUGGGACGCUUAUGAAACACAUAACACAGUGGUGCUUGUAAUGGAAUAUGUUGGAGCUGGUGAGCUGUUUGAGCGGGUGAUCCGGGAAGACUUUGUGCUUACAGAACGGGACUGUGUGCAUUUCAUGCGGCAAAUCUGCUCAGGCGUUAGUUACAUGCAUUCACAGUCCAUCCUUCACCUGGACCUGAAGCCAGAAAACGUACUUUGCGUCGCAGAAAACUCCAACCAAAUCAAAAUCAUCGACUUUGGCCUGGCCCGUGUAUACAGGCCAGGGGAGAGCAUCAGAGUGUUAUAUGGCACACCAGAGUUCAUUGCCCCUGAAGUCAUCAACUAUGACGAAGUGGAUUUUUCCACUGAUCUCUGGAGUGUAGGGGUCAUCUGCUACAUCUUGUUGUCUGGCCUGUCCCCAUUUCUGGGUGACAAUGAUGCAGAGACCCUUGCCAAUGUGACAAGCGGCGAGUACGACUUUGACGAAGAACCCUUUAAGGAUAUUUCUGAAAACGCAAAAGAUUUCAUCUGCCGUCUGCUUAUCAAGCGUAAAGAGCGACGCGACACUAUAGAGCAGUGCCUGCAGCACCCCUGGCUGGCCCAGGAGGACCAGCGUAUCCGCUGCAAGCGCCUCAACACAGAGAGACUGCGUGACUUCCUGGCGCGCCGCAAGUGGCAGAAAACUGGCAACGCUAUCCGCGCGCUGGGCCGCAUGGCUUCCAUCCGAAAGAUGCUUCUAGAGGGCUUCAGUCUCAGCAGUUCUGCCAUCACCUCACACUCCCCCGAUUCCGACUCCUCCUCCCAGCCAGUGCUAACCCCCAAGCACAUCUUUUCUUCUCCUGCCAAGGUCGUAGACGAGGAAGAGACACUCGAGGGAGAGGGGAAAGACAACGGCAAAGCAGGUGAUCACGACGACGACGACAUCUUUAUGCGGCCUGCCAGCAGUCGCGGCAAAGACCAGGCGGUGUCCGCGACACGUCACUCAAAGAACCCAGAGAGAACAUCCGGUCUGGGAGCGCCUGCAUUUCCGGAAGAACUUCCCGUUUCGUCGUUUCGGCGGAGACCACUGAAGGAUGCAGAACCCGACCCAAAACCAUCAUCGACAAGGAGAGAACCCAGGUUGACCAGAAAGCCAGAACUGCUUGAAGAAGAAAAGUGUGAUGUGGUAGUUCCCGAAAAGGCAGGGAACUUAACAGCUAGCCGCCUACCCGGGACCCAGUCCAAAGACUCGACCAAAAAAUCCGCCAUUCCUGGCACCGGUUCUGUCCUCGCCACCGGCGAUACCGCCUUGCCACCGUCCACAGACCUGGCCGUCGCCGCGGGCGACUCGGAAGCUGCGGCAUCGCACAACAAAGAACCCGCCGCGGGCGUCAAGAGGGCGGUAGCGUCGCACAGCAGAGACUCGCCUCUCACCACCCCGGGUGAUGACGCUCCGACGCCGUACUUCGUCAAAAAGAUGGUGGACUGUACGGCCGUGGUGGGCGAUGUCGUUCGCUUCGAUGUCCGCGUGGCGGGUGCGCAACCCUCGCGGCUGGUCUGGCUGUUCGAGGACGAGGAGGUGGUGGAGGACGAGCGACAUCGUCUGGAGCCAGGAAGUGGCGGACAGUGCUCGCUAAUCAUGCGCAACGUGACGGAAGAGGACGAGGGCGAGUACACGUGCCGAGCACGUAACGCUGUGGGCGUGACCACGUGCUCUGCGGAGCUGACCGUGUACAAAGCGCAUUGCUUCUGACGAAGCUAUUCUGUGGGGAGAAAAGAGCAAUCGCUCAAGUUCAAACUGCCAACCCGUCCUUUCCCGACCGUUGUGAUAUUCACGUUGCAAUGCCCCGCUUCACACCCACUCAGAUCAAACGUUUGCAUGGUUGCUCCCCUCCAUUGCAAACUGGAUUUUACAUCAUGACAAUUUUAUUUUUAAUUGCCUUUCUUACAGAUGGUGCUUCCUAUUACCUUGAAAUAUCUUUUGUUUUUGUUUUUUUUUUUUUCAACCAUGGUUUGCUGUUUAAUACGGAACACACAUAUUCAUGACAUUACCGUCUAUAUUUCGGAAAUCAUUAUUGAGACAUUUUAUAAAGAACUAUUAGGUUGGGUUUUUUUUUCUUUUUUUUUUUGUUUUUUGUCCUGAUCGUGCUUAGCUAUAGACUCACCUUUUUUUUUUUUUAAAUUUUAAUUCCAGCAAAGUUCAUGUACUGUGUAUGCCUUCAAGGCUUUCUCUGAAUUUCCAACAUUUUUCAUUUGGAAUUUGUGGAGCAUUCGUCGGUUAUUGAUACCACACCCCUUCCCCCACAAACAUUUACUUGCAGCAAUGAGUUGAUCGACAGUAUUUUUAUAAAUGAUACUUUUGAUCGUAACUGACGAGCCCUCCACAAGCCCCAUCUUUCGAAUGACCCUCAAUUUUUAACCCUGAUGGAUUUUCAGACAGAGCCUUACCUUGAAGCUCGUUGUUAGACUUGACUCCAGCCAGUGCAACAGGUUUGUAGAUAUAUUGCGUUCAAGAUGUGUUUUUUCCCUCGCACUGCUAUACCCGAAAUUUUAAUGUAAAACUCCGUCUGAAGUUGAACACUUCCAAGGCGUUCGGGAAUGUGAUAAGCUGUUAUUUGUGAUGUAGUUAAUUUAUUUGAAGAAUUGUAACAAGUGUGUGUGAGACAUAAUACUGGGUUUUUGUACAGACAGCGCGUUUAUUUGUUUUUUGCUUGGUGCCGAGACCCAGAGAGAGAGAACGGGGGGAGGUCAGAGUUGUUUCCCUUUGCUGAUGUUUUCAUAUGAAUAGAGCGCGAGCAUGCAUUGUACAUGAACUACAGCUUUAAUUAAUAAAUUCUCAUCAUUUCCUU